CAUAUUGGUUCAAUAUAAUUCUAGCAAUCGCGCUAAAAAAUCUACGGCUCAACAAAGAAAGUCUCAGAAGUAUAAAAUUUAAAAGGUGUUAUAAAAAGAUACGAAACGCGCGUCUACUGGGAAUUCCAUUAACCAUGAAUCUUGGCACUCGUUUUAUAAUGUACGCCCUCCUAGCGGUGUUGGCGCUAUGUAUCAGCGCCGAUGCGAAGAAGUCUCGCAAAUUAAAGCACCCUCGAAGUUUUAUAAAUCCGUAUCCCCGUUUUAAUGAAUAUAAGGAUGGUGGUGAUCCCGGUGAACCACUUUUCCUCACGCCAUUAAUACAUGAUGAGAAAAUACCGAAAGACCAAGUGCGAAAAAAGGCGGCUGUAAUUGGCAGUCAGUUCCAUGAUGUAGAAAGCUACGCUGGGUAUUUAACAGUUGAUGCAGGGCGCAAAUCAAAUAUGUUCUUUUGGCAUUUUCCUGCUGAGAAAGAUCCAACAUAUGCACCGGUAGUUUUGUGGUUACAAGGAGGACCUGGCGCAUCUUCGUUGUUUGGUUUAUUUGCAGAAAAUGGACCUUUUGAAUUUGACUCCCGCGGACAUUUGCAAAAGCGCAACUACACUUGGAGCCGCACUCACAACCUUAUAUACAUUGACAAUCCCGUUGGUACUGGUUUCAGCUUUACAGGCAGUGAUGAGGGGUACGCUCGAAACGAAAAAGAUGUAGGGCGUAACCUGCACGAGGCUGUAAUGCAAUUAUAUGAACUCUUCGGAUGGAACAAUUCAAGUGGAUUCUGGAUAACGGGGGAAUCCUACGCCGGCAAAUAUGUACCAGCGCUAGCAUAUCAUAUUCAUCUGAUGCAAAAUGCAGUGGAUACACGUGUUUAUAUACCACUAAACGGUUUGGCUAUAGGAAAUGGACUUACUGAUCCUUUACAUCAGCUCAAAUAUGGUGAUUAUUUAUAUCAGUUGGGUUUAAUAGACGAUAACGGUUUAAAAGAGUUCCAUACCCAAGAAGCGAAGGGUGAAAAAUGCAUAAAAGAUCAUGAUAUGGACUGCGCAUUUGACAUAUUCGACGGUCUUAUUAACGGGGAUCUUACAAAUGGAUCUAUUUUUCAUAAUCUCACUGGUUAUAAUUUCUACUAUAACUAUUUGAAAACCGACAGUGAUGAACCAGGUGAAGCGCUUGGCAAUUUCAUACAAUCGACACUAACUCGCAGAGCAAUUCACGUCGGGAACAUGACAUUCCAUGAUACCGAUAAGGUAAAUAAGGUAGAGAAGUUUUUGAAGGAGGAUGUGAUGGAUACUGUGGCACCAUGGGUGGCGGAGCUGUUAAAUGAAUAUAUUGUUUGCAUUUAUAGUGGUCAGUUGGAUAUAAUUGUAGCUUACCCUUUGACACGCAACUACUUAAAUCAUCUUAAAUUCGCUGACGCCGACAAAUAUAAAAUUGCAGAGCGAAGAAUUUGGCGCGUGGACAACGAAAUCGCCGGGUAUGUCAAACAUGCUGGUCGUUUAAUUGAAAUUUUGGUACGCAACGCUGGUCAUAUGGCGCCUGGUGACCAACCAAAGUGGUUGCAUUGGAUGAUAGAUCAUUUAACCCACUACAAAACAGUUGAAUAAAUACAUGAAAGGCAAAAACUGGUGUCAGCGUGAUUUCAAGUGUUCUGCAAGCACAAUUGACUAUUUUUAUAAUAAAAAAAUAAAGGAAUGCGGAUAUAAUUCAACCAAAGAACUAAAAUUGUUAUAAAAAAGAAAUAAAUAAAAGAUGUUUAUCGCUACAGUAACAA